UUUUACUUGACAAUGGCGAAAUCCUCGUUUAUUUCGAUGGAGUCAUAGUAUUCAAAAGAAGAAGAAUUAAGUAUAUUUUUUACUAAAACGUACAGUCUUCUCUAUAACACUUUAAGACGAAGUAAACGGUUUUAAGACCAAUACAAAAUGAAACCAGAAGAACUGGAGUCAAAACCAGAGGAUCCCGUAAACCCAGCACCUAUUGCAGGCGACGUUAUUGGAGACACAGCGUACAGUGAGCGUUUCGUUCUCAAAAUAUUGCUAAAAUUUGCUAACUUAGACACUUUAAAGGAUGAAAUUCAGGAAAAAUCCUUCGAAGACGAUCUCUGCACUCUUUGGGACAUGACGGCCGAGAGAGAUGUAGUUUUAUUCCUUCAAAAACAUGACGUUUUAAACUUAUUCAAUUUCGCGCUACCUGUGAUUGAGUCCGCGCGGUUUAUUGAAAUAAUUGCAGGUAUUAUUGGUAAUAUGUGCUGCCAAAAAGAAGUUGUUGCAGCUCUUUUAAAAAUGGAACCAUUUAUUACCUUACUCUUGGAGUAUAUGAAGUCUGAUGAUAGUUUGAUAUUGGUUCAAGUUUUACGGUUCGUAAGUUCGUGUUUAUUCGUCGCUGAAGAGGAAGAUAUACAAUUUUGGAUGAACAAAUUCGAAAAUUGUGGCUAUUCAUCAACUCUGUAUUUCAUUUUGAAGAAUUCGUCGCACAAGGAUCUACUUGUCACUGCUUUAGAGAAUUUUAACACAUUGACAUCAUAUUGCAAUAAAGGUAUUACUAGAACAGAUUAUUUCAAUCAGUUUGUUACACCAGAAGCUAUAGAAUCUUUAACUACAGCUUUUAAAGAGAUAAUGAUAAUCCAAGAAGAUAUUUGUGAGACAGAUGAGAUAGAAAGAGUUUUAGUAAUAAGUCUACAGAUAACUUUAAAUUUAGUUGGAUUUGAUAGAUCGCCUGAAAUAUAUAGCAACAACAAAGAUGAUGUUUUAACAAUUAUAAAUAAAAUCUUGAAUUAUUUUGAAAAUAAGUUUGUUAAUAAUAAGGAAGUAGAUUCAGAUCUAGUUGAUAUUAUUGAAUCCACAAAUGCAAUAGUUACAAGAUUACAGUUGAGUGAAAUUUCUGAUUUGGACCAGUUUUUUGUACAAAGUUUCAAUAUUUGGAAAGCGCUUAGUUUACUUGAUAAAUCCCCUCAAAAUGGUGGUGGUUUUGAAGAUGACAACAGAGAAGAAUUAAAAGAAUUCUCCACACAAAUAAAACCUUCAUUGAGUACACUAAUUAGCCUUUACUUAGCAAAAUGUUCUGAAAGUAAUUUGUUAAAGGGUCUCGAUGAAAUAAACCAACAUUAUGAGGAAAUUCUGUGUUCUAUUCAGGACAAGGAGAUACGAAGUAUUGUGACCAAGAGAGCAGCAAACUAUAGGACUAGAUUAAAAGAAAAUGUAGAUUCUUGA